GGUGACGGCGGACGGCAGCGCAGCGGUGCAGGAUGGACGAUGGAAAGAAGAAAACAAAAUACUUUCCAUUCCAGUGAUUUCAUUUGUCGUUCGGUGUUCAACGAGAGCAGAUCGCUUGGCGCGCGCGCGUGUUUCCACCCACUCCAGCCUAUUGAGAGGUGAGGUGCCCUAGUAGUCGAGCCUCCAGAAAACCGAAAUCAAAACAAACCCGCGGGAAGAACACUUUCUACCUGACGAGUGAGUGAAAUUGAUGGUUUAGGCGGGAGGUCUCGUUGAAGGCUUCGAUGAUCUUCGAAGCAACCGUUUGAUAAGAGUGAGCUAAUAGCUUGAGUGAUAAUUGAUUGUGCACGACAUGCAACGUGUAAAUAUUUGUUUUACGUGUGGACGACUGUGAUCAACUGAUUGCAUUCGGCAGUGAGCGAGCUGAGCUUGCAACAGUAGUCGUCAUUGUGUUUGCAUUUUGUUCAACAUAUGUAAAAGCUGGCUGACUGGGUUUGCAGAGUGUUCGGACAUCGUUUCUUGAAUGGUUCAUUGCAUUUCCAAUUAGCAGCUAUUUGGAACAGUUAAGCCCAUCUGUGUUGUGCAGUCGGAUCAACCGAGCAGUAUACACACAGCCCACAGCUAACCAGCCGCCGCCACCGACGACGACGACGACUACAACUGCUUCUGCUGCUGGGACUACAACGACGCCGAUAGUGCUGCUUGGUUAGGCGCAGUCAGGCAGUCAGCCAGUCAGCCAGGUAUCCAUCGGCAGGUAUUCUAGCUCUAGGAGCCCCGAGAGCCGCUCGAUCUCGUCACGACCUACGUCGGACGGGCUCUCCAGCCAGCAGGCGCGUCGUUAGUCUGUUCCAGUGCCUCUCGGCGUACACAUCGUUCGAGACUGCUGCGCUAGUGGGGUGGAGUGCCCGAUUGCCCGCGAGACGAUAUGCGCUUUUGCAUCUAGAGAGGCAAAGGAGGGUCCCAAAAAUCUUACCGAUCGCGGUGGUGAUUCAGUUUGAAGACGACGACGACGGUGGGGAUCAAGAGUGUUGGCGCGUGGGAAUUGAUUGAAGAAAAGUGUGUCUCCAUUACGUAAGCCGUGUGCAAUUAGUGUUGUUACCUCUCUAUAGCCGAGAAGUGAUUUUGUGGUCAAACCGCGAGAUUUCGAGUGUUAGUGUUCUCUGUCCAUACGUAUCUCCGGUGCAACGGCGCUGUCAGGCAGGUUGGUGUCUCCGUAGGUCAGAGUGUAUUUCAGUUUUGUGUGUUGCGUGUGCUCCUUUCGAUAAUAGCCCUGCUAGGGACUGGUGAAGUCUCAGACCUAAUGCUAGCGGCUCGGCAGGUCGUUUGAAUGCGAAUUUGAGCCACGUGAAUCAUUACGCGCGCGUCAGUGGAAAACCGGGCUAAUUGCGGUCCGAAAAGCUGCACACCUCUGAAAUCAACUAACCCCGCUAAGAAAUGGGUGUACGAGGGCGCUUCCAGCUGCUAAUAGGCGCGAUCCUGUUUCUCCAGCAAACCCUUGCCAACGACAACCUAAGGGUCGCAUACCAGUGGAGCCAGAUUGACUUUGAAUUCCCUUCGGAGGCCGAUCGAGCGAAUGCCAUUGCCUCGGGGGAUUACCGUGCGGAAAAUGUGAUUCCGGUCGGACUGGAAGUGUACAAGCGGCGCCUCUUUCUGACGUUGCCGCGCUGGAAAACUGGAAUUCCCGCCUCACUCGCUUACAUUAACAUCAACGAAACCAGCAGUCAAUCUCCCAAACUGCGACCCUAUCCAAGCUGGAAUGCCCACCGUCAAAUGGCGGAAGGUGAAGCACCAGAAAUCGUUUCCCCAUUCCGGAUACGAGCCGACCGCUGCGGACGUCUCUGGGUACUGGACACUGGCAUAGAGGAGCUCCUGGGUGCAGCAAAACCCCUAGCGCCUACGUCUCUGUUGGUGUACGAUCUGCACAAUGACAACCUGCUGAGGCGUUACAAAUUCCCCAAAGAUCACGUGAAGGAGGACUCUUUCUAUGCGAACUUGGCGGUGGAAGACUCCGACUGCGACGAUACCUAUGCCUACGCUGCCGAUCUUGGAGCACCCGGUUUGGUGGUGUAUUCUUGGAAGACGCAGGAAUCGUGGCGUGUUAAGCAUCACUUCUUCCAUCCUGAUCCACUGUCCGGAAACUAUACCAUCACCGGUAUUUCGUUCCAAUGGGAUGAUGGUCUAUUCGGGAUGGCACUGUCCAGACCACAGCCCGAUGGAUUUUCAACAAUGUUCUUCCACCCUUUGAGUUCUACGAAUGAGUUCUCGGUCUCUACAAAAAUUCUUCGGAAUCAAACGUUGGCCACCUCGGGUAACAUAUACAAGGAAUUCAAAGUGCUUGGAUCACGAGGACCUAAUGGCCAAGCUGGUGUCGCGUUCCUGGACCAGAAAACAGGUGUCAUUUUCUACGCUUUGCCCAAUUUGAAUGCCGUGACAUGUUGGAAAACUUCGAACCGAGCCUACACGAUCAAAUCGCUUGGUCGCGUGUACAUGAGUACAACCGAUAUGGUGUUCCCCAAUGACGUAAAAGUCGAUGACGAGAGCAACCUAUGGGUCCUGUCGGAUCGACUUCAUCAGUACAUGUACGGUACGCUGAACCCGAAGGACGUCAACUUCCGGAUAUUGACCGCCACCGUAAAAGAUGCCAUUGAAAACACAGCCUGUGAUACUAAGAUCAAACCUCUGCCAGAUAUUAUCACCAACCUAGGUGACAUCCUGCGGCCGUCGACAACGGCUGCCCCUCCAAAAUCCGGAGCGCAAGCUAUACUUAUCUCCCACAUGGCACUCCUACUCACAAUCUUUAUCAAACUUAUUCUAUGAACCACAAUAACUUUCAACUAAGUGGUGCUUAAUAACCAGCCCAGUGAUCGUGAAGUACUGAACGGGCUACUUCACACAUUCAGUGCUUGCAAGCUGUUGAUUAGUUGCAUAUUAGCACUAUUUGUCUGGAACAGUGAACUGUAGUUCUUCAUGGUUACUUGGGUAGUCCCUAACUCUGAUAAUACACUCAGUCUUACCGAAGACUCAAAACUAUAAACAAAUCAAUUGUAUGUAAAUUUCAAUUUCAUUGCUAGCACAACGCUUACAUGGUACCACGCAGAACCAAGGAAACACAAAAACUCAUGCACAAAAUAAAACAGUCAAAUAACGUUAAGUUUGCGAGCGUUUGUUUGUUACUCCCAUUAACUUGUAAAAUAUGCUACUGAAGAGGAAGAAAAAAAAACUAUUGUAAAUUAUUUUCGCUUAAAUAGGUUAGAAAAUCCUUAGUUCAUUAGAGAAAACCUUCGCAAAGAAUCACCAGACGAGAUUCGCAAUUUACCAGAUUAUGAUAAAUGUUAAAUAAUCAGUAUUGGAAACGAACAAUCACGCUCCCUUGUUUUUAAACUACGGUUAUGUAAAUUAUUGUUUUAACUAAUGAAUCUCGAUUGGAGAGUCGAUCGAGAAAUCAAUCGAUUUCUAAUCGCAUGCAACCACGUGGCGCGCAGAAAGAAGGUUGAGGCGAGUCAACUGCAGAUCAAGGAGCAGAAACAAAAUGUGCUAUACUAGCUGAUUCAAACUUAUCAACUGUGAACAUUUUUUAUCGAAUGAAAUUUUAGCGGAUGUAGAGAAUUAAAUUGCUGUCAAGAUGCUUUCCGUGUAAAUUGAGCCGUCCAGAAGUGUCAUAUAAACGUGUUGUUAGUCAUACCGCAUGGAGGGAAAAAGUAUAGUUGUUGCAAGAAGCA